CUAAUGUUAACUUUAGCGUUAGCAUUAGCAUUAGCUGGUUCUGAUGUAAACGGAGCGCUGCGCCUCCGCCGUGUGUGCCUCUACUGACCGCGGACAGAGGACAUAAGCCCGAGAGGACCGAGAGGACCAAGGCUCAGUGUCCGGUAGUGUUUAUCCAGAGCCAGUGUGUUUACAGAUCCUCCGCGAAGGAUCCAGAGGGCGUCUGUCCGCUCCGGUCUGCCCCGGACUCAGACUCAGGUGGACGGAUACAACGAGAACAAGAGCAGGGACAAGAGCAGGACAUGACCGUGAAGCGCCUCUGAAGAGCGAGCACAUCUACGUGGCACACGCAGCAGAACAGGGCUAACCCGGGCCCCUGCCCACAUCCCGGGCACACACCUGCCAGCCGUGCCAAGGCAGAGUGGCACGGGCACGGCACACCUGCGCACUGCCACAGGACACAGGAGGCCCGCAGCCUGUGUUUCUGGGACUUUCCCUGUUUGUUUAUCAUCGAGUGCCAUGUCUGUGGUGUUCCCACGUGCCAGUGUCAGUGCCGCUCACAGUAAGAAGGACAAGCGCCUGAUGGCCGAGGUGAACGCUUCGCCGCUCAAACACUUCGUCACUGCCAAGAAGAAGAUCAACGGCAUCUUCGAGCAGCUCGGCGCCUACAUCAAGGAGAGCUCUGUGUUUUUAGAAGAGACUUAUAAGAAUGAGGAGCUGGACCCGGUCACCACAGAGGAGCAGGUGCAGGAGGUGUGUGCGUACCAGAGCAAAGCAGCGGGCAUCGCAGAGGUGCUGGCGCGCAGACACAUGAAGGUGGUGUUCUUUGGCAGGACGAGUAAUGGAAAGAGCUCUGUCAUCAACGCCAUGCUGUGCGAUAAGGUGCUGCCCUCGGGCAUCGGGCACACCACCAACUGCUUCCUGCGGGUGGAGGGCACAGACGGAGCAGAGUCCUUCAUCCUGACAGAAGGGUCUGAGGAGCGCAAGAGCAUCAAGACGGUGAAUCAGCUGGCCCACGCUCUGCACCAGGAGGAGGAGCUGGACGCCGGGAGCCUGGUGUGUGUCAUGUGGCCCAAAGCAAAGUGUGCUCUUCUCCGGGACGACCUGGUGCUUUUGGACAGCCCUGGCAUCGACGUGACCACAGAGCUGGACAGUUGGAUCGAUAAGUUCUGUCUGGACGCUGAUGUGUUUGUGCUGGUGGCCAACUCCGAGUCCACGCUCAUGCAGACGGAAAAGUCCUUCUUCCAUAAAGUGAACGAGAGACUGUCCAGCCCGAACAUCUUCAUCCUGAACAACCGCUGGGACGCGUCGGCCUCAGAGCCCGAGUACAUGGAGGAGGUCCGGCGUCAGCACAUGGAGCGCUGCACGGACUUCCUGGUGGAGGAGCUGCGCGUGGUGGAGCGAGCUCAGGCCGCCGACCGCAUCUUCUUCGUGUCGGCCAAAGAAGUGCUGCAGGCCCGAGUGCAGAAGGCCCAGGGGAUGCCCGAGACCGGAGGAGCUCUGGCUGAGGGCUUUCAGGCUCGAAUGUUUGAGUUCCAAAACUUCGAGAGAAGAUUUGAGGAGUGUAUUUCGCAGUCUGCCGUGAAGACGAAGUUCGAGCAGCACACGGUGAGAGCCAAACAGAUCAGCGAGGGCCUCAGACGCAUCAUGGAGUCUGUGCACGUGGCGGCGCAGGAGCAGAGGAUCUACUGCUUAGAGACCAAAGACGACCGCCAGGACCGUCUGGAGUUCCUGGAUAAACAGCUGGACCUGCUGACGCUGGACUGUAAAGCAAAGAUCAAGACGAUCACAGAAGAGGUGGAGAGACAGGUGUCCAACGCGAUGGCCGAGGAGAUCAGGAAGCUCAAUGUCCUGGUAGACGAUUUCCACCUGGACUUCCACCCUUCCCCUGUGGUCCUCAAGGUCUACAAAAAUGAGCUUCAUCGUCACAUAGAGACCGGUCUGGGCAAGAACAUGUCCCACCGCUGCUCCACCUCCAUCAACUCUGCUCUCCAGACCACACAGACUGAGAUGAUCGAGGGUCUGAAGCCCCUGCUGCCCUCCGAGGUGUGUGAGCAGGUGGAUAAGCUGGUUCCCCGUCACUGCUUCAGCCUCAGUUACGAUCUGGCCUGCGACAAACUCUGCAGCGACUUCCAGGAGGACAUCGGCUUCCACUUCUCUCUGGGCUGGACCAUGUUAGUGAAGCGUUUCCUGGGGCCCCAGAACACACGCAAGGCCCUCACAGGCUACAGCGAGGUCCCUCGGCCUCUGGCUCUGACCCCGGUGAACCCCAGCAUGCCCCCGUUCCCCCAGAGCACGGUCACCCAGGAGGAGCUGAUGGUCUCCAUGGUGACGGGCCUGGCCUCCCUCACCUCGCGGACGUCCAUGGGCGUGCUGGUCGUAGGCGGCGUGAUCUGGAAGGCGGUGGGCUGGCGUCUCAUCGCUCUGUCCCUGGGUCUGUACGGCCUCCUGUACAUCUACGAGCGCCUCACGUGGACCACCAGGGCCAAAGAGCGAGCGUUCAAGAGGCAGUUUGUGGACUACGCCAGCGAGAAACUACAGCUCAUCGUCAGCUACACGGGGUCUAACUGCAGCCACCAAGUCCAGCAGGAGCUGGCGGGCAUGUUCGCUCAGCUCUGUCAGCAGGUGGAUGUGACGAGGCAGAAUCUGGAGGACGAGAUCAACGAAAUGAACCAGAAGAUCGAGCAGCUGGACGGACUGCAGAGCAAAGCCAAACUCCUCCGGAACAAGGCGGGCUGGCUGGACAGCGAGCUCAACAUGUUUAUCCAACAGUAUCUCCAACACAGCAGCAAGUGAAGACCUCCCCAGCUCCUCCUCGAGAUCUGCUCCAGACCCAGACCUGCUCCAGACCCAGACCUCCUCCUCGAGAUCUGCUCCGGACCCAGACCUCCUCGAGAUCUGCUCCAACCCAGACCUCCUCGAGAUCUGCUCCAGACCCAGACCUCCUCCUCGAGAUCUGCUCCGGACCCAGACCUCCUCCUCGAGAUCUGCUCCGGACCCAGACCUCCUCCUCGAGAUCUGCUCCGGACCCAGACCUCCUCCUCGAGAUCUGCUCCGGACCCCAGACCUCCUCCUCGAGAUCUGCUCCGGACCCAGACCUCCUCCUCGAGAUCUGCUCCGGACCCAGACUCCUCCUCGAGAUCUGCUCCGGACCCAGACCUCCUCCUCGAGAUCUGCUCCGGACCCAGACCUCCUCCUCGAGAUCUGCUCCGGACCCAGACCUCCUCCUCGAGAUCUGCUCCGGACCCAGACCUCCUCCUCGAGAUCUGCUCCGGACCCAGACCUCCUCCUCGAGAUCUGCUCCGGACCCAGACCUCCUCCUCGAGAUCUGCUCCAGAGGGAGGAUCCACCAAGCAGGCCUGCUCCGUCUGACCUCUGAGCGACGGGUCUGGGGCGCAACCACGUAUUAACCGCAGUCUAGAGGACGAGAAAAGAACAAAAUUAUACAAAAAAAAAAAAAGAUAUUAACCUUAACUUAAGCUAUUUAUUUUCUUCUGCUAGAAAAAAUGACUCUGACGUAUCGCGAUAAGAGAAGGAUUUUCAUCGUGUAACUUUUCCGGUGGAGGGUUUGUCGAGAGCUUUAAUUCGUGUAUCGUUUGUGCGUUCGUUUUUCGGAAUAAAACCAAAAAUAAGAAAACUAAAAAAAAACAACUAUUUUCUUCAUUAUUUGUCUCCGAAACCAAAAUGAAAAAACAGAUAAAGACAGUUUCCUGUUUACGUGACUUAAACUCCGAUGCUGGACUAAACCAGGACUAAACCAGGACUAAACCAGGACUAAACCAGGACUGAACCAGGACUGAACCAGGACUGAACCGUUUUCAGUCCUGGUCUGGUCCUGGUCUGGUCCUGGUCUGGUCCUGGUCUGGUCCUGGUCUGGUCCUGGUCUGGUCCCGGUUCCGGUCUGGUCCCACUCUGGUCCCACUCUGGUCCCACUCUGGUCCCAGCUUCAGUCCUGGCUUCUGUCCUGGUCCCGCUCUGGUCCCGGCCUCAGUCCCGGCCUCAGUCCUGGUCCCGGUCUGGUCCUGAUCUGGUCCCAGUCUGGUCCCAGCCUCAGUCCUGGCCUCUGUCCCGGUCCUGGUCCCACUCUGGUCUCAGUCUAGUCCCAGACUCAGUGCUGGUCUGGUCCAAGUCCUGGUUUCAGUCCCGAUCUGGUUCUGGUCUUGUCCCGGACCUGGUUUAGUCCUGGUUCGGUCCGGCAUCGCAGUUAAAAGCGAAAAAUAAUGAAGAAAAUUGUUUUUCGUUUUCUUAUUUUUGGUUUUAUAUUGAAAAAAACAGUGAACGAAUGACACAUGGAUUCGCGUUUCUCCAUGUAGAUGUUAUUGCUUUGUCUGGAAUGUUCCACAGUAUGGCAUUAAACCUUUCUAUCGUCACGGAGACCAAACCAGACCAAAUUCCAGGUCAGAUCUGUGGAGAGGCGACCCCGCUGCCUGUUUGUCUUGGUAUUUUUGAGCUUUAAAACCACCUGUAAUUGAAUAAAUGUAAAAAGGUAGAGCUGUUUAAUGUCACACUGUGGAACAUUCCAGGCAGAGCGAUGACGUAUCCAUGGAAACAAGCAGGUGACGGACCCCCAACACCUUUAAAAGUACACUGUGUAACUUUUCAGGUUGGGCGUCUGCUUCCGUGGAGAUGCUUUCCCAGGAUUACUUAGCCUGGAAUGUUCCGCAAUAUGGGAUUAAACUUAUAUAAGAUGCAUUUUUUUUCGAUUUUGGGUGUUUUUAUUUCGCCUCUCCACAGAUCUCACCUGUAAACUGCCCUGGCGGUGUCUCCUGCUUGUUUCUAGGGAGAUUGAUCAAUUUAAUCCCAUUCUUUUAUCGGAGGUAAUUCAUAAGUAGUAACAUCUCCACAGAGACGACUAACUCGUAGCAGGCUCUCUACAAGGAAAGUUACACACUGCACCUUUAAAUUCAGUGAUUUUCAAACCAUAAAAGGAUGAAGUACGUAUUUAAAGUGUUCGCUUUCUUUGGCUCAUCGCUGGUGUUCACAUACAGGGUUUCCAAAAAAUGUGACAUCAUUCCGCGGGGCAAUAAUUUAGUCAGUUCUUGUUGAAAUAACCUCAGACUUUCACAGAAUGUUUAGAAACAGAUCAAGAUUUUGUAUUUAAUGUUUUAUUUUUGUUCUGUUUUCAGGUUGAGCCGUUCACUCCCAAAGAGAAGUCAGUUUGCGUCUUUGAAUCUGCUGCACAAACUCAUCCAAGACUGAGCAGCAAAAUCUGACAAACUUCACCAACUGGAAACAAACACAUUUGGACUUGGUGCCAAAAAUUUAAAAAGAAAGGAUCUGGUUUCGCCAAACCGUCAUUUGAGGAAUCUGGGUUUCCAAACUUGUUAAUUCAUGUGUCAUUUGUUCAUUCGUUUUUCAAAAUAAAACCAAAAAUAAGAAAAUGGAAAAAAAAAAAAACUAUUUUCUUCAUUAUUUGUCUCUGAAACCAAAAUGAAAAAACAGAUGAUUCGUUUUUGUCAGUUUUUGAUUUGAAUAAUGGAAAAAAUGGAAGACGGACGUUUCCUGUUUCUGUGACUUAAACUGCGAUGCCAGACUGAACCAGGACUGAACCAGGACUGAACCAGGACUGAAACCGUUUUCGGUCCCGGCCUCGGUCCCAGUCUUGGUUCCGGACCUGGUUUAGUCCCAGUCUCAGUCCCAGUCUCAAUCCUGGUCUGGUUCCGGACCUGGUUUAGUCCUGGCCUCAGUCCUAGUCUCAGUCCCAGUCUCAAUCCUGGUCUGGUUCCCGACCUGGUUUAGUUUUGGUUUAGUCCUGGUUUAGUCCAGGUUCAGUCCAGGUUCAGUCCGGCAUCGCAGUUUAAGUCACGGAAACGGGAAACGUCCAUUAUCUGUUUUUUUCCAUUUUUCAUUUAAACACAAAAUCAGAAACUGAAAAACAAACAUCGUUUUGGAGACAAAUAAUGAAGAAAACAGUUGUUUUUUUCAUUUUCCUAGUUCUGCUUUUAUUUUGAAAAAAACGAAUGAUACAUGGAUUCUUGUUCUGCUCACACACCAAGACACAAAAUGAUUUCUCUUUGGGAGUGAACGGCAGAACCUGAAAACAGAACAAAAAUAAAACAUUAAGAAUAAAAUCUUGAUCUGUUUCUAAACAUUCUGUGAAAAUUUGAGGUUAUUUCAACAAGAAUUGCCCAAAUUAUUGACCUGCGAAAUUAUGUCACAUUUUUUGGGACGCUGUAUUUUUCGUGACGCAGGCUGGACGCUCUCAUCCUCAGAGUAACGCGGCGACUUAUCUGACUUUUUUUGCGUCACUUUCAAUAAAAUCUCGAAUUCAAUGCAACGUAGAGUGAUUCUGGGCCUGUAUUUGCACUUUUUAGCGUUUUGUUUUUGGUAAAGGAUGUGUUUUAAGCUUUAUGUGAAAACUUGAGUGUGAAAAGGGAAGAGGGAAGAGGACGCUGCACUGAACACGACCGCACUGUUCCCUUAAAAGGUCCCAUGUUGUUACGCUGUUUUCUGAUCUGUUCUAAUGUGGUUUCCUCAUUAUAAACAGACCUGGAGUUGGCUCUGUUCACGUUUACAGGAAGACGUAUUAAUUAAAUGAAACUUUAAUUACCGUAUUUUUCAGAAUAUAAGUCGCACCACCCAAAAAAUGCGUAAUGAAGAAGAAAAAAAAACACAUAAGUCGCACUUUUCGGGGGAAAUUCAGAGACCAGGAACCGACAUUUGAUCUUAAAAGUGAAGUUCUAGUAAAAAGAGUAGAAGAGAGAACAACAGACUGUUAACGUCACAUAUGAACAGUUCUUCAGAUAAACUAGUUUACCAAACUCUCCAUCUCACUCCAAAUCACUAAAUCCAUUGUCACUUCUGAACAACUCGGCCUCGACCUCCGGAGGUAAACAAUAAAAAAAAAUACAGUGCACUUUCAGUUCGAUACGAUAUAUUUCAAAUCGAUUCGAUACGGUUCAAUAAAAAACAAAGGCUAAAUCAUGUCUGUGAUACUAAAAGUCUUUGUAAAACCACUUCGUCUUGUGCAAAGUUCAUAUGAAACACAAACAUUUUACUCAUCAAAACAGUGAAAAUGUCAAAUGUGUCGCUUAAACGAGUUUCCUUGCACUGAACAAGAAACAAAAUUGUCGCGCUGUAACAAACCAAAAAAAAUACUCUUGGUGAUAUAUCGAUACAGCAGCCCACGAUAUCGAUACUGUAUCAUCGCAUUCAACGAUACGAUAUACCGAUACUUUGAUAUUUUCGCACAUCCUUACUCAGCAUCAGUUCCAGUUAGAAUUAUUCUGGUCUUUCUGAAUCCCGACAGGAUGGUUUCGGUGUCACUGAAGUCCAGGAAACUUUCUUUCUGCCGCUCGAUUAUCGUUUUCAGAUGCAGAUUUCACGACUUGCAGUUUGUAAUCUGCAGAAUCUGAUUUUGUUUUCGGGACAUUUGUGUUCAGUCUUCUCAAGUCUUUGUCUUUAUAAGUUUAAAGUUUAAAUAGUUCAGUGGUGCAGAAGUAACGGUGCGAUCGACUGACAUGAUACAGACAGGACAGAGGCUCUUUCUGCAGGAGACAUGCGCAGUAAAGCCAAGUGACAGUGGUGCAGGAGGAACAGGAGCAGCAGAUACUCACACACAAGCCCGCAGCGCCCUCUUGUGGCUGUCAGUGUGAAAAUUUUAAUAUAUAAGUCGCAGGAAACAUCCAAACCAUGAACUAAAGUGUGACUUUAGUCCAAAAAAUAUGGUAUACAAAUUAAUCCACAAUUUAUAAAAGGAAAAAAAAGACAUGUAGAUGAAGAAAACCCGUCCAUUUUCUCACUUUCCCAGAUUUUGUCAGAGUUAAAUCGCCAACAAAACCCGAAGGAAGUCGUCAUCCUCACGUUUUCAAAUUUAGUCUUCUGAUUUUGUGCCCGUUGUGUUUUGUUUCAUUCACACGUUUAACACACAAACCCUCUGAAAACGCCGUGUUUUUAAACUCCACACACCUUCACGAGAAGCAUUUGGUUGAUUUCAGCCCUGGAAUUGUAAAUAUGUAAUGAACUAAAAGUAAAAAGGAGCUGUUAGAAAGUCCUGCUUCAUGACAUCACAAGGUGGAUCAGAGCUUUUUGAGCUUUACAGAUGUAGACAGAAUAAUAGGGCUGGUAAGAAGUAGCCGAUACGAUACUUACCGCGAUACAGUGAGCUUUCGAUUCAAUACGAUAUAUAUUUCAAAUCGAUUCAGUACGGUUCAGUAAAAAAAAAAAAAAGGCUAAAUUGUGGCUGUGACACUAAAAGUCACUUCUUGUGCAAAGUUAAUAUGAAACACGCCCGUUUUAAUCAUCAAAACAGUGAAAAUGUGAAAUGUGUUGCAUAAACGAGUUUCUUAGCCUGAUUCAUCAGACGGUUUCAAUUCGUGGAAACCGUCUGACCUCGCAGCAUUAGGAUCCGUUCGUUCGUUUUAAAACUCCACACACCUUCACGAGACGCAUUUGGAUGAUUUCAGCCCUGGAAUUGCCGAUCUCUACUGAACUAAAAGUAAAAGGAGCUGUUAAACUCCUACUUCAUGACAUCACAAGGUGGAACACAGCAUUUUGAGCUUUAGAGAUGUAGACAGACUAAUAAUAAAGAGUUACUCAAACAUGUGAUUGAAACAAAACACAACUCCAGGUCUGUUUUUGAGAAGGUAACAACAUUAUAAUGAUUUAAAGCUCAAAUUUUGUGUUAUAAAGGACCUUUUAAACAGUUUGUGGUCAAUUCAAAUGAUAUAUUUUGUUAAAAAUAAUCGAAACUGGCCUAAAAAUAUCGGCAGAGCUCAUCAGCCAUUGUUUGCUCUGUGAUCCAAAUAUCGGUAUCGGCCGUGAAAAAAACCCAUAUGAGUUGUUUUUCUAAUGUGAAGAGUGCACAGAGGUGGGAUUAUGUCGGACAAACUACAGUAAAUGUGCUGCUUUACAAGAAAUGUUGGAGAAAUGUUGGAACUCUGCGUUAAAGUUGCAUUGCGGAACUUUUCUGGUGGAGGCUCCGUCAAACGCGACCCCGCUCAAUGUUAAAAUUACCAGUUUUUCGAGGUAUUUUUGAGCGUUAAAACCACCUGUAAUUGAAUAAAUGUAAAGUAGAGUUGUUUAAAGUCACAUUGCGGAACAUUCCAGGCCGAGCAAUGACACGACCCUCCACCGGAAAAGUUACACAAUGCACCUUUAGAGCGCAAACCUUAAAAUGCACACGACGGGUUGGAUUAUUAAUUUCACUGAAACAAAGUUAACGUAAAAAAAUCUUGCCUAUUUUUUUUUUCUAUUUUGAAAUUUUGCCUAGCGACCAUCAUGACGACAAAAGCCUAAAGUCUAAAUUACACAAAAGCUGUGAUUAGACAAAAAUAAAAAAUUAAAUGAUGGUUUAACUUGUCAGAAAAAUGCCUUCCUUUUGCAUAAACUCGCUGGAUCUUGGAUGAUUUUGUUUUACAGCUCAGCGCUACUUCUGUAUUUUUGCACUUUUCUUCAACUUCUCUCCCCAAACUGUCACUGAACUCAAGGGUCCCCAACCCCCGGGCCACAGACCACAGACCACAGACCGGUACCGGGCCCUAAACCCAGGACUAAACCCAGGACUAAACCAGGACUAAACCAGGUGUUAAACCAGGAUUUAUUCAGGACUUAACCAGGACUUAACCAGGUCUAAACCAGGACUAAAACCAGGUGUAAAACCAGGUCUAAACCAGGACUAAAACCAGGUCUAAACCAGGUGUAAAACCAGGUCUAACCCAGGAUUUAUUCAGGACUAAACCAGGAUUUAACCAAGAUUGAACCAGAACUAAAACCAGGUCUAAAACCGCAGAUCAAAACCGGGAUUAAAACGGGUCUAAACCAGAUCUAAAACCAGGUCUAAAACAGGAGUAAAAAGGAUGUAAUCAGGUCUAAAACCAGGACUAAACCAGGACUAAACCAGGACUAAACCAGGACUAAACCAUGCCGCACCACUGCAGCCCCCAGUCCUCGAAAUCUUGUCGGGCAUAAACCCGGUCUGUGGAGCUAAAAAGGUCGAGGACCACUGACCUGACUGAUGUAAAUCUGUGUUAAAUAUCGACCAGAGCUACUUUCCACCAAAACUAUUAAAAAAACAUAAAAAACCAUCAACAAAAAAGUCACGUGACCUGUAGAUACACGUCUCCUCACCUUUAGUCUCUAGUGCAGUCAUGUCCCUCAUCACGCUUAGCUCCUGAUGCCUCCGGUCCUGUAGAGACUGACCCCGGGUCCGCCUCUGGUCCUGUAGAGACGGACCCCGGGUCCGCCUCUGGUCCUGUAGAGACUGACCACGGGUCCGCCUCUGGUCCUGUAGAGACCGACCCCGGGUUCGCCUCCGGUCCUGUAGAGACCGACCCCGGGUCCGCCUCUGGUCCUGUAGAGACCGACCCCGGGUCCGCCUCUGGUCCUGUAGAGACCGACCCCGGGUCCGCCUCCGGUCCUGUAGAGACCGACCCCGGGUUCGCCUCCGGUCCUGUAGAGACCGACCCCGGGUCCGCCUCUGGUCCUGUAGAGACCGACCCCGGGUCCGCCUCUGGUCCUGUAGAGACCGACCCCGGGUCCGCCUCCGGUCCUGUAGAGACCGACCCCGGGUCCGCCUCUGGUCCUGUAGAGACUGACCCCAGCUCUGCUCUGAGAUGGUUUGUUAUUGUACACAGAACAGAUCGUUGUUCUCUGAUCACACUACUGAAUAAAAUGAUCCAGUA